AUGAGAGCAGGUGGAAUGCACCAUCAUCUGUUCUGUUUGAUCUAACUAUGCUCUGAUAUUAGGACCAAACCAUUUCUUAAUCAGCUGUAUGUGACACCAUGUACAGUACCACGUACAGUAUGAGCAAUCAGGAAAAUAGUUAUGAUAAAUGGACCCAACCUGGCUGGAGAAUAGAGCAGAAGUAUGCAAACAAAGUUCUAAUUGGCAACUGGGUGGAAGAGAAGCUUCAGUUCACUCGAGAGUGUAAGACAGCCAACAGCACCAACCGUGCAGACUACCAGACACAGAGGGACCACCGGCCAGACGUCAUCCUCAGACGACAGGUGCUGCGGAAAGCUGAGGGCCUUCCCGCCAAGCUGCUUCUCUCCCACCACGGCACGCUGCCCUCCCAUUACCUGGUCACCCUCUAUGAUGAGAUGUAUGGGCGCCAGGGCACCUCCACCCUGCCUGCCUUGCGCUCCUGGCAUCCAGACAGGCUGGCGUGGACACCAGAGAAGUCUGACCACCCAAGCUUGGCACCUCCAACUAACUUUGGCCUGGUGGAGUCUAGACAGGUCCGUCUGGACCAGCAGCAGUCCCCCCUCCCUGCGCUGAGUGUGUACAGGUCAGCGUACCAGAGGUACCCACCCAGUGCUUUCCGCCAGCCCUGCUUCGCCAGUGUGCCACGAGGCCUCUCCAGCAAGCUCCAUCCUGCCAAUCAGAUCAACAAGGACAUGGAUCUGAAACAACGGCCCUGCAGACAGGUCCCAGACAACUCAGUCUCCGCCAGCCUCCUCCCUCCCCUGUCUGUUGUGUAGACAGAGCACGGCCCUGAGCUGGCGUGCCUCACACGCUGUUUCGAUACUCAGGGGCCGUGCUCAAGUGGUGCUGUUUGAGGAUUGUAUUUUGUAUUAGUCUAAUGCAUGAAAAAUGAAAUGGAGCAGAACAUAUGGGGAUAUCAAAAGAUGUAGAAAAUUAAACAGUAGUCUCAUUAUAAUCUCUUGAAUCUAGGCUCUGUGUGUGUAUGUGUGUGUGUGUGUGUGUGUGUGUGUGUGUGUGUGUGUGUGUGUGUGUGUGCGCGGAGGAGAGGGAGGGGGUGUCCGCAAAAGACAUCUGAACAUUUAGGAUAAUCACAUGCUAAUUAUUUUCCUUGCACUUAAUAUUUGCCACUCAAAAUUGGCUUUUGUAGUUGAUGUAGUUCUGUCCUUGAGCUGUUCUUGUCUAUUAAUGUUCUGUAUUAUGUCAUGUUUCAUGUUCUGUGUA